GCAGGUGCCGGGCGCGCCGAGCCCCGCUUUGCCUCUGGCCGCCGCCGCCGGAGGAAGAGGAGGAAGAGGGGGAGCGGGCGGCUCCCGCCUGCCGGAGCCCCUCCAUGCCUCGGGCUCCCCGGAGCGCCGCCUGCCGCUGCCGCCUUUGCGCUGGGGAGCCUUGGCCAUGGCGGAGGCGGCCGGCGAGGGCGCAGAUAAUCUUCCCGGAGAAGGAAAUCAGGCUGUUGUUUUGACAGGCUCAAACAUUAUGUCUCCCGUGGCCCCUUCCAUAAAUUCGUUUACGGCAGAAUUUCCCAGAAAGCGAAAAGGGAGUGACUCCGAUACUCAAUAUACCUGUGACACUGAGGGCGAUGAUCUCCAGAGCAGGAGUGACGAUGAAGAGCACGUGAAAAUUAAGUAUUUCAGGACAGUUGACUUUUCUAGAGAAUGA